GUAAUGUAACAUCGACACCUUUCUUCGGUCAGUUUUCCUCGACGCGUCAGUGUGAAAAAAAAACGAUACGCAUGAGUGACGUGUUCUUCGAGGUGUCAUCGAUAUACUUCAGUGAUGCGGUGAUCAUCGGACAAAAAUGGCGACCGUUGGCAGAAUCACCGCGUUCCGAAUAGCGUCCACUUACGGACCCGAAUUAGGUUUCCUGGUUCUGCUAAACUUGCUGAUCGGAAGAUACAGGCCUGACGUCGUUGAUCGUGAAUCCAGAAUGAAACCAGUAUCGUUGGUUAAUUUGCGGAAUAAUUACGAUUUCGUGAUAAUCGGGGGUGGGUCGGCUGGCUCCGUGCUCGCGAAUCGGCUAUCGGAAAAUGGCAACUGGUCGGUGCUCCUGGUGGAAGCUGGCCCGAAUGAACCGGACAUAACUGACGUACCGUUGACCUUUCCGGUCUUUCAGCUGACCCCGCUCGACUGGCAAUUCAAAACUGAACCGUCCGACGAUUAUUGCCGAGCGAUGAAGGGGCACCAGUGUAAUUGGCCACGCGGCAAGGUGCUAGGAGGAAGCAGCGUGCUGAACGCGAUGCUGUACGUCCGCGGGAAUAAGAAAGACUACGACAACUGGGCAACCUUAGGUAAUCCAGGAUGGGAUUACCGGAGUGUCCUACCGUAUUUCAAAAAGUCACUCGACAUGAGAAUCAAGAAGUACAAGAAUUCUCCGUACCAUCAUACCGGCGGAUAUCUCACCGUAGAGUAUUUUAAGUAUCGCACGCCCAUAAUUAAUCAUUUGGUGAGAGCAGGCACCGAUAUGGGGUACGACAUAGUGGACGUCAACGGGCCAACUCAAACUGGAUUCACUUAUUCCCAUGGUACAUUGAGAAACGGAUUACGAUGCAGCGCCGCCAAAGCUUUCCUUCGAACAGCUUCCAAGAGAAAGAACCUGCACAUCAGCUUGCUUUCCACCGCGGAGAAGAUUCUGAUACGCGAAGAUGAGCACUCGAAGACCGCGUACGGUGUUCAGUUUCGCGUAGGAACGGCACGUCACAAGGUCAAAGUGAAUCGCGAGGUGAUUUUAGCAGCCGGAGCGAUACAAUCCCCGCAAUUGUUGAUGCUGUCUGGUAUUGGUCCGAGGGACCAUUUGGAAGAAAUGGGGAUACCAUUGGUGCACGAUGCACCCGGCGUGGGCGGGAAUCUCCAGGAUCACGUAGCGAUCGGUGGUUUGCUCUACUUAAUAGACACACCGAAGGAUUACACAGGCGACAGGCCGUUCUCGUUCAAUUUGCCGGACUCCGUCACUCCUGACGUGAUCAAGGAAUUCGCCGUGAAUCGCACCGGGCCCAUGUACUCGUUGCCGGUCUGCGAAGGAAUGGCCUUCGUCAAUACCAAGUACGCGAAUCAGACUGCGGAUUAUCCUGAUAUACAGCUGUUCCUGACAACGAUCACCGACAGCACGGACGGCGGUCUUUUUAUGAAAAGGGACUGCAACGUGAAAGACGAUUUCUACGGGCAUAUGUACGAGAAUCUGUUGUACCAGCCUGCGUAUGGCGCCAUUCCGCUUUUGCUCAGACCUCGGAGCAGAGGGUACAUUAAACUGCGCUCGAAGGACCCGCACGUGCAUCCGAUCAUUGUGCCAAAUUACUUUACAGAUCCACACGACCUCAACGUUCUGGCGGAAGGAGCGAAGUUCAUUCACAAACUGAGCGAGACGCCAACAAUGAAGAGCCUGAACGCUCGACCGAAUCCGAACCAUAUUCCGGAAUGUUCCUCGUUCGAGUUCCCGUCGCACGAUUAUUGGAAAUGUUUCGCAAAAUUCUACACGAUGACGAUUUACCAUCAGUGCGGCACCUGCAAAAUGGGUCCAGCGAGCGACCCAAUGGCUGUCGUGGACGAGAGACUAAGGGCGAGAGGAGUUCAGGGAUUACGAGUCGUCGAUGCGUCGAUUAUGCCGGAAAUCAUUUCCGGAAACACGAACGCGCCGGUUAUCAUGAUAGCUGAGAAGGCUGCGGACAUGAUUAAGCAAGACCAGGCAACAGAAUAAUCAUCGAUUAACUCUCUGAGGCCUUACAGUCAUCACCUGAUUCGACGCAGAAAACUUAUAAAAUUUUCACUUCAGUAUUAAACCUUGUGUAAUGUAUCGACACAUAAAACAUCGAAAUAAAACAAUCGAAGCGAUGAAAUGCGACAAACAAUAUUACGAAACGAUACCAUGAAACUGUUAGUGUUAGUGUAGAUUAUUUACUAUUUACUUUACUAACAAUUUACAUCCGUCUUUUCGUGACAAUGCUGGACAGGAUGUAGAGACAGCUCGUGAGUGGGAAAACUUGUUUUUAAUCGAUAUUCAUAUAUGAAUACACAUGAUUCAUGGGAACCGGUUAUUUUGAAAGUGACUUAAAUCCAAUUUUCCGAAAAUUCAAGUUAACUGUUAUAACGGUUAUAAUGUAUAGUUGUUCAUUACCCUUCUGUUUUUAAACAGCUUUCUUUUUAGAUUAAGAUACUCAACGUAAACUGUGUAGUAAUAAUAAUCUCACUGUAUCCUUACACUUUAAUUUCUAUAUUUUUGCACAGCAUGCUAUAGACUUCCAUUUAUAAAGAAAAAUAUGGGAAAUAUCUGUAAUAAACUUGUUUUCUACCGUGUUACAGUAUAACACUGGAGCCACGGGAAGAAUUGUUUAUUACUAGCACACGUGCUAAGCAGAUAAUUAGAUUCAAUGGUUUAAGCUGUGAAUAAUUCAAAAAUGUAAACUUGUCAAUGUAAACGUCAUAAAAACAUUUAUCGGAUAAUUUAAAUUGUAGAAUACGGAUGGCACUGGUAAAAACAAAUGAAAAACUUAACAAAAUGAUGA